AUGUCGCGAUGGAAAAGAUUGUUGAAGGAUUCGUUGUCAAGAAGCAUGAAGGAAGAUAAGGAUUCGAUCAGUUAUUGUCUGAGUACAGUAUCACGGAUCAACAGCGGCGCCGAUAGUUCUUCGAACAGUUACGAAUACCGUGCCGAAUCCCGAACGGUCGUCCAUCGCGGCUUCGUUAAUGAGCGACGCCAACACGACGAUCGGCAGGGCGGGCCGUCGGUAGAGGGUCAUCAAGACAAUUCCAACGAGAGCCUCUUGGUCUGCACCGAUGUCCGAAGCCCAAAGGUCGAUCAAUUAUUACCCCUCAACCAGACCUCUGACGCUGCCCCCUCUCCUCAAUCUGGCACUCUCGCUUCCAUCUGUUGGUGGUUCUCGCCAACCGGAGAACAAUAUAGAAUCCAAGCUCGAGCAUACGUAGUUUCGGCGGGGAGUGAGAGAGGAAGAGUGGCGGGGUUGACGGCUGAGCAAGCGAAACGUUUGGGGCCCCGCGACGGAGCGAAUUUCGAGUGGGAAGCGGAGCGGGUGCGGGUGUAUGAGAAGCUAUCGUGGGAGCUGAAAGCCUCGUUCCUGGGUCGGAGUGUGCCGGGUAGUAGGCUAGUUGCGGACGACUCUGAGAAACGUGCCGAUCUCGAGAAGAGGCUCGAGUCGGGCGACCAAGAGCUCCGGGCAGCCGCCCUGAAAAACUUCGCGUUGAUUGUUUUGGAGCCUAUCUCGGUCGACCUUGUCCAAUUGAAGACUAAACCCCACCACAGGUUUUCAUGGAAGAAGACUGCCUCUGGCGACUGGGAAGAAAACGAGCUUGUUCCAUAA